GAGCGGGACGCCUCCCCUCCCGACCCCGCCCACCUGGCCCGGGCCCUGGUCCUUCGUGGGCCGCCUUCCGCCGCCAUGGGCUCGGAGAUGGAGCCGCUGCUCCUCGCCUGGAGCUAUUUUAGGCGCAGGAAGUUCCAGCUCUGCGCAGAUCUGUGCACGCAGAUGCUGGAGAAGUCCCCUUACGACCAGGAACCAGAUCCUGAAUUGCCAGUGUCUCAGGCAGCUUGGAUUUUAAAGGCACGAGCACUAACUGAAAUGGUAUACAUAGAUGAAAUUGAUGUAAAUCAGGAAGGAAUUGCAGAAAUGAUGCUGGAUGAAAAUGCUAUUGCUCAAGUUCCACGCCCUGGCACAUCUUUGAAACUCCCUGGAACUAAUCAGACGGGAGGGCCUAGUCCGGCUAUCAGGCCAAUCACUCAAGCUGGAAGACCCAUUACAGGUUUCCUUAGACCUGGCACACAGAGCGGAAGGCCUGGCACUAUGGAGCAGGCCAUCAGAACUCCCAGAACUGCCUACACAGCUCGCCCCAUCACCAGCUCAUCUGGAAGAUUUGUCAGGCUGGGAACGGCUUCCAUGCUUACAAGUCCUGAUGGACCUUUUAUAAACUUAUCUAGACUGAAUUUAACAAAAUAUGCCCAGAAACCUAAACUGGCAAAGGCUUUGUUUGAGUAUAUCUUUCAUCAUGAAAAUGAUGUUAAGACCAUUCAUCUUGAGGCUGUCAUUCUACAUCUUGGCAUUGAUAUGAUGGUGUUGAGGAAUAGCAACCACAUUGAAAAAAAUGCUUUGGACUUGGCUGCCCUUUCCACAGAGCACUCUCAGUACAAGGACUGGUGGUGGAAAGUGCAGAUUGGAAAAUGUUACUUCAGGUUAGGAAUGUAUCGUGAAGCAGAAAAACAGUUUAAAUCAGCCCUGAAGCAGCAGGAAAUGGUAGAUACAUUUCUCUACUUGGCAAAAGUUUAUGUCUCAUUGGACCAACCAGUGACGGCUUUAAAUAUUUUCAAACAAGGCCUAGAUAAGUUUCCAGGAGAAGUAACCUUACUUUGUGGAAUUGCCAGGAUCUAUGAGGAAAUGAACAAUAUUUCAUCAGCAGCAGAAUACUACAAAGAAGUUCUGAAACAGGACAAUACUCAUGUGGAAGCCAUUGCCUGCAUUGGAAGCAACCACUUUUAUUCCGAUCAACCAGAAAUAGCUCUGCGGUUUUACAGGCGACUCCUGCAGAUGGGUGUUUAUAACUGCCAGCUUUUUAACAAUCUGGGGCUCUGCUGCUUCUAUGCCCAGCAGUAUGAUAUGACUCUGACCUCGUUUGAGCGUGCCCUUGCUCUGGCUGAAAACGAAGAAGAGGCAGCUGAUGUCUGGUACAACCUGGGCCACGUAGCUGUGGGCAUAGGAGACAUGAACUUGGCCCAUCAGUGCUUCCGGCUUGCUCUGGUCAACAACAACAACCACGCCGAGGCCUACAACAACCUGGCCGUGCUGGAGAUGCGGAAGGGCCACGUUGAACAGGCAAGAGCACUGUUACAAACCGCGUCAUCCUUAGGACCCCAUAUGUAUGAGCCACAUUUUAAUUUUGCGACGGUCUCUGACAAGAUUGGAGAUCUGCAGAGAAGCUAUGUUGCUGCUCAGAAGUCAGAAGCAGCAUUUCCAGAUCAUGUGGAUACCCAACACUUAAUUAAACAGCUAAAGCAGCAUUUUGCUAUGCUCUGACUGUCCCACAGACCAAGUAUAUUCUUGGGCAUAGGAUAUAUAUGAGGGGGCAUUACACAAUGGGAAAAGUAGUGUGUAUAUAUAUAUAUAUAUAUAUAUAUAUAUAUAUAUGCAUGCUGUACAGACCUGUGCUUAAUACUAGCGAAGAGGACGUAAGGGAGUUUACAUAAGAAUUCAUAAGCAAAUUUAUUAAUAAUAACUUGUAUAGUAUUAUAAAAGAUAGGAUUUAAUGUUUGUAAAUAGAUCGUGAAAACUUCUCCCACAUUAUGUGGUAGAUGUUUAUAAAAAUGUUUACAAAACAUUUUCAUGAAUUUCCUCGAAUUUUUACAAUGCAUAUUUUUAAUGUUAAGCUGGCCAUUAGCUAACAUGUAGCUUCAGAGGUCUGAAGUCACCAUAAAGAUCACACUUCUUUGGGUAAAAAUGUGUAUAUUCAUCCCAGUUAGAGACUUUAUUUAGAACUUAAAAAUUGUAUUUAAAACUGUUUCUCAAAGGCUUUACAAGACACUACACAUUUUCUUAUAUACUGUGCUUUAAAAUAAAUCAGUGUGUAAUACACCAAUAUUCUGUCAUUCUUCAUGAGUUUUUAUCUUAGACAUCUCAGCUAAAAGAAGUUUUUCAGAAGUCCUGUGACCUUAAAAAUCAAGUCGUUAUUUUAAUUUUACUUGAUGUACCGCCAAUUUUGAAUUUCCCUGAGAAGCUAUUUACAGACUAUCAUAUUAUCAAUAUAAGACUAUCGGUAUUAGAAACAGAGUCACAAGCCCAGAGCCCCACCUGCGGUCAGCCUGGAAGUUAGGCCAGAUCCCAGGACCCUGCACUGCAAAAUCCUGGAAAGACUCUUAAACUUGUCUCCUCCCAUAUUUAGUGGAAUUCUCAUCCAUGCAUUCACACAAGGAAAUGUGUUAAAGGGACAAAGCCACUCAGUCAGAUUUAGGACUGUGGGACCCCUCACUAUUAUUCUUUCGGUUUUUAAUGUCAUGAAAAUUAUUUUACAGAUACUUGUUUCUGUUCAGAUUAGCUGAAAAAGCUAGGAGUUUGAGGAAUGAGGGCAGGGACUUCAGAGGAUGUGUAGCUGAAGGUCUUUGUGGCACAGAUGACCAAAGCCAGGCCUGGGGUCGCACUGCCGGGCGGUGGUACGGUCACAACUAGAACCCAAGACCUUGUUCGUGUGCUUUUUUUCCUGCUUCUCCAGGACAUGCUUUUUAGCUCAUGAGAAUUUCCUCAAGUGCCAUCCAAUGUCCUAAUACUGUAUUCAAUAUUUAGGUUGAAAUUUUGUCGUGUGAAUCAUUUAAGGUAAAAUAAGCACUAACAGCAGCUUGCAUUUAUGGAGGAUGUUGUAUGUGCCCAGUACGGUUCUAAGCACUCGAUGGGGAUUAUUCCUUUGAUUCCCGCUGCAGUCCUAGAAGGUGCUGUUACUCCUGUCUUCCUUGGUAGAAAAAUGAGGCACAGAGAAGUCAAGGAACUUGCUCAGGGUUAUAAAGUGUGUAAGUGGCAGAGCUGGGAUUCAAAUGCAGAUAAUGUGGGCCCCUGAGGGCGUGCUCUUCGCCCUCCAGAGAGAUCACCUCAGGGUUUCUCCUGUAAAUAAAGCUGCGCCCAUUUCAAAUGAAUGUUCUACGCAUUAAUAAAACUGGAUAGUAUGGGAAUAUUAACACAGCAAAAAAUAAAUGAGUCCGUAUUCCUAAGGUAACAUGGAGCUAUUUUUGUCUGGAGUUUAUGUUAAUUCAGUGUGAAGAGCAAUGCAAAGAAUGAGUCAGGACGGCUCCCGGCGGAAUGAUGGCAGAAAAGAACACCGUGCAGCCGGAGCUAGAUACAUCUUUGUAAUAGUUAUUUCUGGACCGCGUCUCUGGCUUCGGUGCCAACAUUUCCGUAGAAGGAAGGUAACCAGUUGUCUUCUGCCCUGGCUUAAAAAGUUCGAGUUACAAAUUGCUCCACCAAAAUUAACAUCAUUGAGCUUCCCACUGUUGAAAAGAAGAAACUGGCAAGACCCCAGCCAACACAGUAAUUGCUGGGGUUGGAAGGUCUUCCUUCCCAAAUAGGUCAAGUCCGAACCAGUCCUCUAUGGUUCUCAUUGCUCUGUUACGUUUCUGAAUGACAUGUCCCAGCGUCAAAGCACCCAACAUCAUUUAUGGCUUAGAGAUAAGAAAAUUCAUAAAGAGGGCACAUCACUACACUUUUCAUGUGGUUUCCACCACUAACUCUUCCUUAACAUGAGGGAUUCCUAUCAAGAGCUUUCAGCUGGGGUUGAGUUUAAGCAUUCUGAAAAACAAAAGAUUUCCGAAAUACUGUGGUAGGACCCAACACUGGAAAAUAAUGAAUCCAGAAAUGGAGUUGAGUUAAAAAACCAUUACUGGAUAGUUUUAAGUUCCAGGAGACAGAUAAAUGGGAAUGGUCUGCGGAUAUGUUCCAGACUCCCAAAAUGGUUAUCGAGGCUCAGAUAUUAGGGGAAAAAUUUGAUUCAGCAAUUUGAAAACUACGGCAGUUCUACAUCUUUCCACACAGACGGCAUUUAUCCUAUUUUUGGCUGACUAAAAAAUUAACAUUUCUGAGAGAUGCUGUGAUCUUAUAUCCUUGAUAUUAAAGCCAAAUUCUUGAGAUGAAGGAACAAAGAUUACUAAAGGUUGAAUUAUAAUCGUGUGGGACUAUACUAUUUUCUGCACUGUGACCCUUCCCCGUCCCCGAAUCCUGACUCGUCAGGAGUAAUUUCUUAGCGGAGUGUAAAGAACAAAGCUCUUGGAGAACACCACCACUUUAUCUCAGGGAAGAAAAGGCCAAACUUAGACACAUUUUAGGAAGACAGGUUUUUUUUGUAUUUAGAUAAAGCAGACCCUUCUCCAGUAUUUGAAACUCAAGUUUCUGUGGGCUCCAAGAUUCCACACCUGCCAACGCCUCGCACCUCACAGGCCGCUCUGAUGGAACAGCUUGUUUCCUUCUUUACAGGAUUGUUUCUCUCUUUUUCUAAAAUCGCGGUCCCUUUAAAGCUUCUCCCUUUCAAGCACUACCCUAUCUCCUUUGUCAUAACAUCUUGAAAGAGCAGGUGAUGUUUGUUGCGUACUUCAUUUCACUUGUUCCAUGGCCCUUUUCAGUCUGGCUUCAACUCCAAUUGCUGCUGGAACUCCUCCCAUCGAGGUUGUUAAUAACUCCCAUUUAGCAAAUCCAAAAGAUUUUUUUGUUUUAACAUAACAGUUUCUGAUAUUCUUUAUAUACCACACAAUUCUCUCUUUUAAAGUGUACCAUUUGGGAUGUCUGGGUGGCUCAGUCCGUUGAGCGUCUACCUUCAGCUCAGCUCAUGAUCCCAGCAUCA